GAUAUUAAAGUGAUAGUGGUCCGUUUGGACAACGCAUUGAAUUCGAGACGUCGCUUGUUGCAUUCGUGAUAUCGUAAACAAUUGGAGAUGCUCAAGUGGGUGGCACUGUGCACGCCACCCUUCCGCUCUGCGGCAUGAAUUCCGUGGUGGAGGAAUUUUGGACAGCUUCUAGGAGACUUUAUCUUGGCGAUAUAUUUUUUUUUAACAUCCCCAUAAGAAGUCCUCGUCUCGUUUCAAAAAAAAAAAUCAAACGACAAGCAACGAAAUAUUUGAUAAGCCAAGUACUCGAGCUACUAAAAUAACCAUACACCGGUAUCACAUGAAUUGAUAUAAACUAGAUUUAUUAAUAGAAAAACGGAGACAUCGAUCGAUGCUUAAGGCCGUACGUAUUGGUUCAUCUUCGUUUUACAACCAGCUUCAAAUUGAUCGGAUUAAAUCAAUUAAACUGGCCAAUUACACGAGAAUAACGAUCAAAAUUUGUGUAACAUCCCAUCCGUAAAAAUCGAUGUUUACAUAAUCGAUAAAAAUUAAGAAAAAUAACGUUAGAUCGAUUGAAAAUUUUUAGAUCGAAAACUCGAGUGUGUGAAUUCAAAUUACUUCCAGUGCUUUCGUAUAUCGAGAAAGAAAUCUGUAAGAAAUAAUAAAAAAUAAUCGAAAAUGUGCCGGACAAUGGCGCGGGAAGGGGGAUGGAACGUCGAGGAGGGUGAAUUUGUGCAGUAAGCGGACGACCAUGUCGAUGUACGCACCCCUCUGAUCAACGAACUGUGUCAACCCCCCCCCCCCCCCCUCCCCAAGGUAGAACGGUCGAAGACGCUCGAGGAACAUUAAUACGUCACGCGUCCCAUGCGUGCGUUACAUUUUGAAUAUCGAAUCGGAGCAGAAAUUGGCCUGAAUGAGAUGCAAAUUUCAGAUUUUCAUCACACGCCGUUAGAUAUUUCGAGAGAGAGAUUGUAUGUUGGAAACUUAUUUUAUAUAUUAUUUCACGCUUUCGAUUUAAAAUGGAAUAUUUCUCUUAUCGUGAUCGACGAUUUAUUUGAGAAAAUUCAAUCACGAAGAAGGGAAAAACGUAUAUAUAUUAUUAAAAGUAAACGACAACAUCUUGUAGUAUCUCGAAUUGCUAAUAAUAAAGCUAAGUGAACGAAUAAACGAAACUGAAAGGAAAGAGAUAAAAGAAGGUGUAAAUUUCUCGCUUAAAAGAGAAAGCUUAAUUAAUUAAAUUAAAGCUUCGAGAGAAAAAGAAAUAGAAAUUAAGGAAAAUAUAUAUAUUUAUAUACGCGAUAAAUAAACACGGGAGAUGAUAAAAGAUCGUGGAAAUUGGAUAGAAAAAGCGAUGAUCUGUUCAAAACCCCCACCCCGGUGGCCUGGCUCGAAUUGUAAACAAAAUCGGAGGUUGAGGGUGAGGAAGAGGGCGAGUGGAGGGGGCAGGGAGAACGGAGGUGGUAGGUGUCGGUGGUAUACUCGCCAGUAGCACGGCGGUCACAGAUCCUUUCGGAACACAGAAAAGCUGGCCGACCUUCUUCAUCCUCUCCGCGUCUCAUCGCCGACGACGAUGGAUUGGCACUCGAUCAUCUCGAUUCGAUUUCUUCCUCUGAAUUCUAUCUGAAAUCGAUGAAUUGAGAGUAGAUCGUAUUUCUCCGUAAUUUUUUUUUUUUUUUUUGUUCCCAACUCGAGGAAGAUAAAAAUUCUCGAAGUGACUGUUUUGCCUUGUUUCUUUCGAACGUGUUGAACGAGAUUAAAAAUAAGAAAAUUCGAGAAAGAAAGGAAAGAAAGAAAGAAAGGAUGUGUUUAUCGAGGAUCGAUGAUCGAUCGGCCGCGGCGGAUCGAGUGUAGCCGCGAUGCCAACAUUGCACCGGUCGUUGACACAGUUCCCCGCUUCAAAUUCGGCCCGGUGUGUCUAAACCGCCCCCCCAGUUGAUCCAGGGAUUUUGAUUAUCACUUGGUUGAGAAAGGAUGAAGGCUGAAAGCAACAACGGGUACCUGAAAACGAGCGUGAUCGUGGAGCAGAACGAGAUAUCGCUUGGUUCCGGUCAGGAGACACCUGCCACCAGUCCUCUUCAGGUGACUUAUGGCCCCCGUGGAAGCACAACGACCACGGUCCUUCAGCAUCCUGGGAACAGGCGGAAGUCGCUAGGAAUAACGCGGGCUACGUCAAUCAGGCGAAGAGGGCCGGCCAACAGGCAGCAAUUGCUCGGUGUGCUCGCCGUCACACUCCUCGCCACUUGUCUUUUUAUUCUUCUGCUGUUGGCGUUGAACACGAGCCGCGAAUGCGUGCAAGAGCCCCGUCCAAACGUUUGCAUGACAGAGGAAUGCAUCAGAACAGCUGCCAGUCUACUUUCGGCGAUGGAUCGGACAGCAGCGCCAUGUGUAAAUUUCUUCCAAUACGCGUGUGGAACAUGGAACCGUCGUCACGUGAUCCCAGAGGAUCGAAGUUCGAUCAGCACGUUCGAAGUGUUGGCCAAUCAGUUACAAGUGAUUCUGAAACGCAUCCUGGAGGAACCACCGAACAACGAAGACAACAACGCCACCUUGAAGGCGAAGAUGUUCUACAAGUCUUGCAUGGACAUCCCUCGUAUAAGAGAGAUAGGAGAUACACCGUUGAGAAAGACGUUAGAAUUUCUUGGCGGUUGGCCAGUAGUGGUUGGACCAUCAUGGAAGCCGCCUCCAUAUUCCGUCGAGGUUUUGCUAGGUCGAUUGAGAGGACAGUACAACGAGGGAGUGUUGUUGGAACAAUGGGUCGGUCCAGAUGACAAGAACUCCUCAGCCAAUAUCCUCCAGCUGGAUCAGAUGCAAGUAGCGUUGCCAAGUAGAGACUAUUACUUGAAGAAGAGCAGUGAGUCUCAACUACACGCGUAUCAUCGUUACAUGACAAACGUUGCUGUGUUGAUGGGUGCUAAUAGACAGACAGCUGUCGAGGAAUUCAAUCGCGUGAUCAAUUUGGAGAAACAAUUAGCAAAUGUGUCGAUACCAGAGGAUGAUAGACACGAUACGUCCGCUAUUUAUCGGAAGUUGACAUUGCGUGAGCUGCAGCGAGAAAUUCCACAAUUGAAAUGGCACGAGUAUCUUCAAGAAUUCAUCAAUUCUCCUAUAACGGAAGAAGAGCCCAUUGUUGCGUAUGCCAUGCCAUAUUUCAUGCAAAUGGGCCGUAUCGUAAAAAGAACGGAUCGCAGAACGUUGCAUAAUUACAUAUUGUGGAGAUUGGUCAUGUCCAUAAUGCCUCACAUGAUAGACGAAUAUCAGCAAAAGAGAGUCGAAUUUCGGAAGAUACUAUUGGGUAUAUUAAGUGAGAGGGAUAGAUGGUCUCAAUGUGUUGAAUGGACGAACAAAAAGCUUGGUAUGGCCGUGGGUGCACUUUUCAUUCGUGACAACUUCAAUCAUGAAAGCAAGGAGACGGCACUCGAGAUGAUUCGUACCAUACGAGAGGCAUUUAACGAGUUAUUGGCCGAAAAUCAUUGGAUGGAUAAUGAAACUAGAACCGUGGCCAAGAACAAAGCUAACUCAAUGAAUGAAAGAAUUGGAUAUCCUGAGUUUUUAAAAGAUCCUGUUGAACUUUCCAAGGAAUACGUAAUGUUAAACAUUACCGAGAAUCAUUUCCUUGAGAACGUGCUAGCUGUGUUGAGGUACGAUGCUUAUCACAAUUUGGAAAAAUUGCGAAAACCGGUUGAUAAGGACAAAUGGUCAACAGAGCCAGCCGUGGUGAAUGCCUUCUACAAUCCGAAUAAAAACGAUAUUGUUUUUCCCGCGGGAAUCCUUCAGCCACUCUUCUACUCCCAGCAUUUUCCAAAAUCGUUGAACUAUGGUGGAAUAGGUGUGGUGAUUGGCCAUGAGAUUACUCACGGUUUUGAUGAUAAAGGACGUCAGUUUGAUAAGGAUGGAAACAUGAUGCAAUGGUGGAACAAUGCCACUGUGAAAGCUUUCAGGGAAAGGGCUCAAUGUAUUGUGGAUCAAUAUUCAAGGUACAAAUUGCAAGAGGUUGAUCUGUACAUCAAUGGAAAGAUGACUCAAGGAGAGAAUAUUGCUGAUAACGGAGGACUCAAACAAUCAUUUCGGGCAUACAAGAAAUGGGUGUCGAUACAUGGCGAAGAACCGUUACUUCCUGGUGUAAAUCUCACUCAUGAUCAGUUGUUUUUUUUGAACUACGCUCAGAUAUGGUGUGGAUCCAUGAGACCAGAAGAUGCAUUGACGAAAAUACGAAGCAGCGUUCAUUCACCAGGCCCAAUAAGAGUUCUGGGUCCCUUAUCCAACAGCGAAGACUUUGCCAGGGCCUAUGAUUGUCCUCCAGGCUCACCGAUGAAUCCAACUCAAAAAUGUAACGUUUGGUAAUGCAGAAUUCUUUGAAAGAAAAAGAAUAAACAAACAAAUAUUUGGAUACUUGUGGCGAUAUUCAACUCCACAAUUAUAUUUCGUGCCAUAAGAAGACUUUAAUCAUCUUAUUGACUAGUGACCACGAUGAAAGACCAUGAAAGAGUAUUAUUUCAUCGUGGUUCACUUUGCGGUAUGAAUAUUCUAUACAUCAUUCAACAUAUUAACUGAAUCUUAAACAAAAGAUAAUCAAAUCUGUAAAUGUUUAUGAUCCUGUCGAUGAAUACAUUUUACAGAAUGAUUUAAAUUCAAUCUAAUACCAAUAUUUCACUUAUUAAAGUCGUAGCUGUUUCAAAUUAAUUAUUUUCUUUAUUAGUUCCGGUGAUUCGAUUUGCUGAUCGAUGUACAGUUGAAGAGAGGAUUUUAUUUCACAGUGUAUAUGAAAUGCGUGUGUAUGAAAAAGUGCGCCUGCUAAAUAGAAAUCGUGGAGAGGAAAAGUUGACUAUAAUGUCAGCCUAAAAUUCCAUGGAUAAAAGUUACAUAAGAUGUAUAUAAAAGAUAUGUUUUAAUCAUGUAAUCCUCUGUGUGAUUCAUCUCGUCGAAGACGAGUCUAAAAUAAAUUUUUCGAUCAAAUGAAAGAAACAAAAAUGAA